CGCCGGCGGAGGAGCCCCGCUCGCAGAGCUCCAGCGCCACGAGCGAGGGGAGCGCGGCGCCCGCACAGGCAGAGCGCCCCCGGGGGCGGACACCCGGCGUCCGCACCCCGCUAUGGCGCGCCCCCCGAGCCUGCGACCGCCGCCGCCCGUCCUGCUGCUGCUGCUGCUGCUGCUCGGAGCCGGGGAUCCUCUCCCCAAAGAGGGCCGGCUCGUGAACAGCUGUAUCCAGGCCAGGAGGAAGUGCCAGGCUGAUCCCACUUGCAAUGCUACCUACCAGCACCUGAAUUCCUGCAUUUCUAGUAUAAGCACCCCAUCACCCGCAGAGGAGCCUUCGGUCCUUGCAAACUGCGUGGAGGCCGCACAGCACCUCAGGAAUAGCUCUCUGAUGAGCUGCACAUGCCACCGGCGUAUGAAGAACCAAGCUGCCUGCCUGGACAUCUACUGGACCGUUCACCCUGCCCGCAGCCUUGGUGACUAUGAGCUGGAUGUCUCCCCCUAUGAAGACACAGUGACCAGAAAACCCUGGAAAAUGAAUAUCAGCAAACUGAACAUGCUCAAACCAGACUCGGACCUCUGCCUCAAGUUCGCCAUGCUGUGCACUCUUAAUGACAAGUGUGACCGGCUGCGCAAGGCCUACGGGGAGGCGUGCUCAGGGUCCCGCUGCCAGCGCUACACCUGCCUCGCGCAGCUCCGCGCCUUCUUCGAGAAGGCGUCGGAGCCCCACGCACAGGGCCUGCUGCUGUGCCCGUGCGCGCCCGCCGAUCAGGGCUGCGGGCAGCGCCGGCGAAACACCAUAGCCCCCAGCUGUGCACUGCCGUCUGGGGCCCCCAACUGCCUGGAGCUGCGGCGCCUCUGCCUCUCCGACCCACUGUGCAGAUCACGCUUGGCGGAUUUUCAAACCCACUGCCAUCCCAUAGACAUCCUAGGGACGUGUGCAACAGAGCAGUCCAGAUGUCUGCGAGCAUACACGGGGCUGAUUGGGACUUCCAUGACUCCCAACUUUGUCAACAAUGUCAACAACAGUGUUGCCUUAAGCUGCACCUGCCGAGGCAGUGGCAACCUGCAGGAGGAGUGUGAGCGGCUGGAAGGGUCCUUCUCUCAGAACCCCUGCCUCAUGGAGGCCAUUGCAGCUAAGAUGCGUUUUCACAGCCGACUCUUCUCCCAGGACUGGGCAGACUCUACCUUUUCCAUGAUGGAACGCCAGAAUAAAAACCUUGCUCUGAGGCCACAGCCCUGGGUGCCCUCUCUUUUCUCCAGCCCACUUACCUUGAUUCUGCUCCCGAGCCUCUGGUAACUGGACUUUCCUGGGGGCCCUCUUCCCCUCUUCUCCACCCAGCCUGACCUGCAGACUACAAGGGGUAAGGCAAGGAGAGCAUCAGGAAAGAGGCGCAGUAAACAACGUGGCAACCCUGACCCCACCCAGCACGUCCAGUCGACUCCAGAUGAGGCCACAGUAGAAGCUCACUGGCUGAGUUCUCAUUCCCCCCACUUCUGACUCAGGCUGCCCCUCCUUGGGACUUGGUGACCACAGUUUAGUCAUAUCUGCUGGUGGUGACCAGCUCUACCAAGCUGUCUCCUGAUCCCUUCCUCCUGCCCACCAAGAUCACUGAGGCUUUAACAAAUCAGUUAUUCUCUAUUGCAUUCUCCAGGUAGGCAGGGCUGGGUGUUCUGAGACAGCCUAGAAAGACAUUCCCCAUUGUGAGGAAGGCUGGAGCAAGACUCCUGCCCACUUGUCUCCUCCUCUGAAUGGGGGAUGGGAACCUGCUGCCUGUCCUGCCCUGGGAAUCUGCAAAGCAUUUGAGCAUCAAGAGCCGGAACAUUUGGGCCUUGCUUUCUUCUCGCUACUGUCCCAAAGUACCGCCCCCCCCCAGCUUCUUGGAUCAUGAUUAGACAUUUUGACUUAAAACU